CGUACGCUCACUUCAUAUGUAAUAGUUUGUAUUUAAGGUUAGGAAGAAAUAUUAAUUUCAAAAAAAUAUGCCUUUUAUGAAAGGAAAUGCGCCUAUCAGGCGUACUCUUCAAUUUUUGGAAGCUGGUAAAUUAGUCCUGAAGGACCAAAUACAAAUAUUUGCUGUCAAUUACAAUGUUUAUGGUGAUCACCAUAAAGGAGCCAGAGAUUUCGUCUUCUGGCAUCUCCCUCAAGUACAAUAUAAGAACCCACAUGUGCAAAUAGCCACAUUCAAAAACUUGACUCCUUCUCCUUUUAUUAAAUGUUUUUAUGAGAAUGGACACCAAAUGUUAAUUGAUGUUGAUAGCAAAUCAAAAGAAGAAAUAUAUGAUCAUCUUGUUGAUGUUGUAGGAAAAACAAAGGAAGUUUUGAGGGCUGAAGCCAUUGCCAGAGAGAAGAAAGAUAAUCCUGCCAACUUUGGAGCUCACUGCGAUAAACAUUGCAUAUGUGAGAUACCUGGCCAGGUUCCAUGUCCUGGAAUUUGUCCACUUCCAAACCAUAUGAGAGGAAAAUUCAUUAACGCUAAAGAAUAGAUUUUGUACAGAACGAAAAAUAGAUUUAAAUAAAAUUAGUUUAUUAAAUAAA